GGGUCCAUUAAUAAGCAAGUUUUUUAUUUUAUUUUAUUAUUCUGGGUUUCUCUUUUUACUUCUCUCUCUCUCUCUUAUAUGGCCUUUCUGUCUUUUUGUUUUCACUUCCACCGGUUCACCCUCUCCGCUGUCUUCCGGUCUAUCUAAAUCUUGAGGAGCUUAUGCCACUGCCAACAGAUUUUCUUUCUAAAAAAACAAGAAUAAUAAAGGAAGAAAUGUGGCUUCUUCUCUGAUUAUUCUCAUAAGCCCCUAACCAAGCUCCUCUCUCAUUGCCAGUCCUUUUCCUUUUUUAACUUUUCGUAACAAAACCAAAUCCAAGUAUCACACUGGAAAAGCUCCAACUCCAACUCCAACUCCCACUUUUUGUUUCUUGUUUUCCUUUUUCUCUCUCUGAGCCUCCAAUGGAGGUUGGAGACAUCAAUGACCCAGUAUUCUCCACCAGAUUUGGUCAAAAUGCCGUCCAUUAAAUCUCUUAUUCUUCCACCUACUUGUUUUUGUGGGGGUUGUUGGAGUGAGCCAUCACUACUGCCUUGAUCUUUGCCUGAGAAUUUAACGAUGAUUAUAUUGAAGAUUUAUUAACUUCUUGGGUGUCUAUUGAGUUCUCCAUUGGGUCGGUUUUUUAUUUUUUAGUUUUGAGCUCUCAAGAAGAAACUUUACCUUUUUGUCGUCGCUGCCAAGUAAAAAUACAUUCAAAGAGUCUUUGGGGCCAAGAUUUAGGGUUCUUGAGUGAAGUCACGCCGUCUUGUCCGUACGAAGCGUCAGGUACUAAUUAGCUUAAAAAUCUCAACAGUGGGUUCUUCUUGAUCUUAUAGUACUGAAUCUUCCGUUAAUUUGAAGCUUGUAGUCCUGAUUCUGCUGGUUCUUUUGACCGUUUGAAGAAAAGGUUUUUCCUUUAUUGAGCUCAUUAAUUUCAGUAAUUCCUCUUAAUGUUUAUAUCACGGAGAAUCUGGGUAUGUGAUUCCGUUUGAAAAAAUGUGCGUGUCACAAAGAUUUUCCAUAUAGCCCUUUCAGUCUUGGUUUGGUCCUUUUUCUUUGAUAGAGCUCCUUUUACAAGGAUUCUUAAAGCUAAAAGCGAUCAAUUUAGAGAGGAGAAGACCAAGAAGGCAUCUGGGUAUUGCAACGGUUGAAAUUUGAAACCUUUCUUUUAUGUUUGUUUAUUAUCUCAUCCUCUGACAUUUGAGAAUACACUACUUUCUUUAUUGAGUAUCCGUUGCUUUCCAAAACGUGGCUACAACUACACAUUUAAACCCAAUUCUCUGAUCUGGUGAAGGUUGAUAGAGAUAUAUAUUUGGUAGUUGACCAUCUGAGUAUUCUUAUCUGGAAUUUGGGAAGGUCAAUUUUAGAGUGGCGUUUUGCUGAGUUUCUACAAUCCCAAGCGUCAAUGGGGCUUCUUGGAAGUCUCAUGAUGCUUUUACUUCUGAUAUACUUCUCAUGGCUGUCGGAUCUCAAUGCUCAAUCCAUUCCCUUGUCUUCAAGAAGCCGUGCUGAAGCUCUGGAUACACUUCUCCAAGAUUAUGCUUACAGGGCUUUUGUUCGUCCAAAGACUGGAACUGUCUAUGAUGGUAAUGUUCCCACCAAUUUGACAGGAAUAAAGAUAGCAGCUUUGAGGCUCAGAAGCGGUAGCUUAUACAGGAAAGGAGUUAAGUACAAAGAGUUUGAAAUUCCUCGAGGUGUCUCCGAGACUCCAUAUGUGGAGAGGCUUGCUUUGGUGUACCAAAACUUGGGCAAUUGGUCUUCCACGUUCUACAAUUUAUCAGGUUAUAGCUACUUAACUCCAGUACUGGGUCUUCUUGCCUAUGAUGCUUCAAACUUGAAAGCCUCGAAUCUGCCAGAGUUGAAUAUCAGAGCAACUGGUAAUCCCAUAUUGAUUAGAUUUUCAGAUGUUUCUCCAGCCUCCUCGAGGGAGGCAGCCAAAUGUGUUUGGUUUGAUCUAAAGGGUGUCCCGAACUUCAGCAAUGUAAAAUCAGGCAAUGUAUGUUCAACAGUCCAACAGGGACAUUUCUCUAUUGUGACAGAGUCUAUUGCUCCUUCUCCAGCACCGGUAUCUCCUGUUCCAACUCCAGGUUUCCAACCUCCGAGCGUGGUUCCUCCACCCAAAGGUGAAGAAAGGAAGGGGAAGAGCGAUUCUAAAGUAUGGAUAAUUGUUGGGUCUGUGGUUGGCGGAGUGGCACUUAUAGGACUCCUGGCUUUAUUGGCUCUUUGGGCACAAAAAUUCCAGAAAAGGAAGAAGAUGCAGCAAAUGGAGAGGGCUGCAGAGGUGGGAGAAGCACUGCAUAUGACCCCAAUUGGGACUACAAAGGCACCAGCAGCAACAGUUACAAGAACACAACCGAUACUUGAAAGUGAAUACGUGCCUUAGACAAACACAAAAUCGUGCCACCAUUUGUAUGUACACUUGGAAAAUUCAUAUUCAAAGUUCAUUUCCUGUAAUCAGAAAAAAAAAAAAAAAAAAUUCUUCAUCGCUUCACACCAUUUUUUGGUGGUGUCUUCUCUCCCUUAUUUGUUCAUGGUAGGUUAUUUGUUUAGGAUUUUUGUGUAAUUCUCUCCCCCACCCUCCUCUUUGGUUCAAUUAUUCUUUACGGUGUGAAAUUAGCCAAACAGUGAUUAUUCUCUUUGUGAUGAAUUCAGUUUCCCCAUUGACUAAAGGAAUAAAAUCUACCUGUGGUGUUUUUUUCUU